AUGUUUUCAACUUCUCUUGUAUACGCGUCACAGAGUCCUCUGGCCUCCCUCUUUGACGUUUUCACCAAGUCCAGCGAUGGCCCCACUAACGAUCCUUUUCCUCAGGCAUCCACAAAUUCUACCAUACUCAAGUACCCAGACACCCCUGGAUAUGGCGUACGAGCUAGGGAGUCUCGGUUCUGCGAUGGUACAGUGAAAACGCACACAGGAUACAUCGACAUCGGGUCUCGUCACUUGUUCUUCUAUUACUUUGAGAGCAGAGGUCAGCCUGCGACGGAUGAUGUCAUCAUGUGGAUUCAAGGUGGUCCUGGAGGAUCAGGAAGUGUAGGACUGUUCAUGGAGAAUGGCCCCUGUCGGGCAAUCACACCCGACGGUGAAAUCAGCUACCACUCCGAUUCGUGGAACACCAACGCCAACGUGAUUUAUAUCGAUCAACCCGUUGGUGUCGGGUUCUCGUACUCUGACGCGGGCGAGACAAUCAGUACGACUGAUGCGGCUGCCAAAGAUAUCGCAACUUCUAUUGCCCUACUUUUCGACCACUUCGAGCUUGGCGAUCGGGCGUUUCAUAUCGCAGGUGAAUCGUACGGGGGCCGAUACGUCCCUAUGUUUGCGUCGACUUUGUAUGACCAGAACAGGCGCUUGCUUGCACAAGGGUUUGGGACUGUGAACUUGAAGUCGGUCAUGAUAGGUAACGGCAGUCCAGACUGGGCUUCUUUGAUUAAUAGUUUUGUCGACUUCCAAUGUUCCAUAGCACCAGUCCAGUCUAUCAGCAAGUGCGUCAAGAUGAAGAGCUUGGAGUCUCGUGUUCAACGCUGGAUGUCGGCGAGCUGCAUAGAAACAUUCGACGAGAUCAGCUGCGGAGCGGCUCAGAAAGCUGGCUGGGAUGAGUUUGUCAACGCCUAUGGAGAGACAGGCCUGAACUACUACGACUAUACUAAGGAGUGCGAAGGCGGAGCUGAGCAAUCAUGUUAUUUCCUGUUUACCUACAUGGAAAAGUACCUCAAUCGCACAGACGUACGGGAGUCCAUUAACGUAGAUUCGUCGUUCUCCGGAGGCUUCAAUAUCUCUUCGCAGGGUGUCAUGGAUGCAUUCGUGAGCAAUUUCGAUCAGGGACACAGCAGCAUGCCAUACGUUGCACAACUUCUUGAGCGUGGCAUUCGUGUACUCAUCUACGCAGGCGAGAAUGACUUCAUCUGCAACACCCGCUCUCAGGAGCUAUGGAUGAGCUCUAUGGAGUGGAGUGGAAAAGACGUCUUUGCUGUGCAAAACGUUAGAAGCUGGGAGGUCGACGGGAAAGCAGCAGGUAAAACUAAGAAUGCACAUGCACUGACCUAUGCGACCAUUGCAGGCGCAGGACAUAUGGCACCGUAUGACAAGCCUCGAGAGACGCUGGAGAUGCUUGAAAGAUGGCUAACCGUGAAAAAUCUGUAG